GUCGCUUCUCUUCUCCCUCUCUCCGUAGCUCAAUGUAUUAACCGCUUUACGUCGUUUCGAAGUGUCCGAUCUCCUCCGCGCUCUCCUCCGCCGCUCGUCACGGCGGCGUUCAAUUCACUCAAUAAGUUUUUUCUGUCAAUUCUCUCAAAAUUUUCUGGUUUUUGUAGCCGUGAUGAUAUAUUCAUAAUCCCAGCUCAUUAUGAGACCAUUUGUUGGUCAGGGAAUAGACUUGUUCUUAUCACAUCUAUCUGAGCUAAUCUUAUCAAAUUUCUUCUUGAUUUCUAUCUUUUUUUUGUUUCUGUAUUUUUAAUAUUUAUUAUUUAUUUAGUUUAUUUUAUUUGUUAAAUGUGUUAUUGUGUUCCCGAUGAUGCUUAUAUAUUUGACCAUGCUAAUUCUGAUGUUUUCGUGACGGAAAACCCUUGAUCGAAUUUCUGAUGGGAAUAAUUUCUAAAUUAUGGCUUUGUUUGGUCCACGCAAUUUCUGAUGAGAAUAAUUUCUAUAUUGUAUUUUGUGCACAAAGCUUAUUAAGCUUACUGACUUUAAAAUGACAUCUUUGUAAAAGAGGACUGAAGUUUGUAUUGAAUUGUACAAACAAAAUUUGGAACUAAGGGAUUGAGACUUUAAUUACCAAAUUAAAUGCAAAAAAUAAAUGAUUAAAUUUUUGUUUUGCUUUUUUUAAUCUUGUGAAUUCGAGGUGCGUUUCAGGUUUGUUUAGAGCUUUGUCUCUAGUAUUUGAUUUUCAUAUUUAGUUAUUGAAUCAGAAAUUGAAAUCAAAUAAUUUUAUUCAAGAUUUCUUUCAAUCCAAAUUCUCUGAUUGAUUUAUAAGGAUUUUUUCAAUUGAUUUUUUCAGGAUUUCCAUUUAAUGUCAAUUUUUUGAUUCGACAAAUUGAUUUGUAAGGUGCCAAUGGCGAUGAGUAAAGGCGGCUGUAUUGGAACGACACUGGUUUAGGCGUUGUGAUGCCACAAUGAUUGUAUUUUGAACCACCUUCCACUUAUACCAAAAAUUGUAUUUUAAACUUACACUAAAGAGUGAUGCUCUCACCUGGAGAAGCUCCACCCCACGCUGUCAAAUCCACACGUUGAAGCCUCUCAAUCCUUAACCGUUUCAUGCUUUGAAAUCCCAUCUGAGUGCUUCAGUGUGUAUUUGCCCCCAUAGCAGUAUAUUUCAGAGCUUCAAGCCAAGAAUGUCAGCUUUUCAUGGAGCUGCCUCUGUGAGGAGCUCAAGUGAGAUACCCGAGGAGGAAACAGUCAGAAUCUCUCUAGAUCUUGUGGCUGCUGCUAGGAGGAAUCUAGGGUUCCUCAAUUUCAUAGCAGAAUCUCUCUGCCUCCAUCAAACUACUGCCCUACUUGAAUCCAUUAGAAGAUAUGAUCAGCUAUGGAUGCCCUUGAUAUGUGAUGUCACGAACAGGUCGGAGCCUCCCAUGAUUCUUCCUCCACCUGAUAUAGAAUGGGUUUGGUUUUGUCACUCCUUAAACCAUGUCAGCUAUAGACAGUAUUGCGAGUCAAGAUUCUCAAAAAUCAUUGGCAAGGCGGCCAUAUUUGAUGAAGAGAAUGAAGAAUAUGCAGUGAAUAGAUGCAGAGAAAUCUGGGUUUGUAGGUACCCAAACGAGCCUUUUGAGAAUGAAUGUGAGUCGAGCACGGGGAAUCCAAUAUCCGCUGUUCAGGAAGAUCUUUUGGAGGCAGUAUCCAAGCAGAGGUUUUUGUACGCUAAAUUUAGGGAGCCUUAUUACUCAGAGAUUGUUCAUCUGAUAGCAGCAGGGCAACGGUAUAAAGGGUUUUUGUAUAUGGUGCAUAGAUUUGCCGAUAACUUCUCCAGAUUAGUGCCAUCUUCAGACAUUCUCUUAAUGUGGUUGAUCCAUCAGAGCUAUCCAACAGUGUAUGCGUAUGAUACCAAGGAGAUAGUAGACGAGCUUAAUAAAGUAGUGGGCACAUGGGAAGCCGCGAAUGAAGUAGAGAUAGAAGAAACGAAGAAACUUUGGGAGAGAAUAUUUGAACAACCGUAUGAGAGAGCUGGUGGUGAGAUAGCCAUUGCCAACGAUUUUAAUAAGGUCAGCCCACUUGUGCAAUGGGAAGUUCUUGUGACCGAUGUCAACACCAAAUAUAAGUCCUUGCUACCCAGAUUCCUACUAGAGCUCUGUGUGAUGGUGAAACUGAGAACUAAAACACCGCAAUGCAACAUGUUGAAAGAGUUUCUACGAGUUGGAUGUGUGAGAUCCCACAAGGAGCUGAAAUUAGAUACACCCUUAUCCAACUUCAGCUCCCAAACAUGGCAGAAAGCCUUUCAUCUCUACUGUGAGUUUGGAACCAAAGGGACGAGGCUUGAGCUUCGUAAACGAUCCUUCAUUAAGAGGGGGAGUAGCCUGACAGAAGAGGCUGCAACAUUUCUUUGGAAUGAUUUGUUGCGUUCGCGCACUCUUUCUCUGGUAAAAGAGUUUGACAAGAAAGUAAGGGUAGUUGCUUCAAUCACUCCACCUGUUCAGGCACCAUACUUGUUGAAGUGUGUCCCGGAUCGAGUAACAGAUGAUUCAGGGGCAAUGAUAUCAGAUGUUAUUUUGAAGAUGAACCAUUAUCGUCCCCAAGAAGGCAGAUGGUUGUCCCGCACUGUUUUAGAUCAUGCGGGCAGGGAGUGUUUCGUCAUUCGAAUAAGGAUAGGGGGAGGGUUCUGGAGGAGAGGAGCUGAAAGGCCUUCAGCUGUGAAAUGGGAGGAGAGGAUUAUAGAAGUACGCGAAGGCUACUGGUCAUAUGUCGCGGAUUCCAUUGGCAAAGCUCCUGUGCAGUGAAAAUUUUGGGGACGGCGACCCCAAAAGAGGCGCCUGAAGGAUGUCAUGCAUUAUGGAACUUCUCCACAGGGGAAGAGCUGUCAGUACAACACGGAUUGCCAAAUAACGAUUCGGGAUUCACUUUUUGUCUCACAAACCAGCAGUCUCAAUAUUCAA